UGCGCAGGCGCAGUAAGAAACCGCCACGACUACGGAGCAGCUCCUCCUCUCUUGGCACGCACAUACGCACGCACGACACCGCGGCAAGCAAGCAGACCCGAGUGCGGACCGUCACCGACGCAGGGCCCACGCCGCCCGCAUGCCCGCUGCUCCACGCUGCGCGGUUUCCCUUCGGGAGCUGGAAACAGCAGUGCGUGUGCGCGCGUUCCGGCGAACCCUGGCUCCUAGAAACAACGUGAUCUCAUCAAACCUUGCCUUACAACUAACUGUACUCUGCGGAAAGGCCGACCGGCACUCUUGAAACAACGCCUUGACCUUUGUGGUGGUGCUAACGAGAGCGACGGAAAGAGAGCGCAGCCUGAGUAAACGAUGACGACGGAGGCAGCGUGAAUACACCGUCGAUUCCCGGCGCGACUCGAUCGGCGCGGGGGUGUAGCGUAGCGCGACGGCGGACGUUUUUCGUCGUGGCCGACAUCGGCGCUGGCGCUCGCUCGCUCCUUUCUCAUUUCUCGCUCAGAAAAACGAGCCGCAGUUGUUCGUCAGUCACGCGCGUUUUCCUUCGCAGCCAGCCGACGGCGGCGGUCUUCGUGCAGCUGCUUGGAGCACCUUCUUCGCUAACUAAACCCCGCGGCGGCUGCGCAGGGGGAGAAUUGGGGAGGCCACGACACGGCUGCGACAAUCGAAGUUCGCCCGGUACCCGCGCCAAGGCGGCGUGAAGGAUUCUGCACCGCCGCCAGUGCAGCAAGCUUGACUUCACGUGGGAUAACGAGCCGGCUAAGGAGUCAUCUAAAUAGCGAUGCUUCGUAGUGACGGUGUCUACGAAAGGAUAGGCUUCUUCUGAACGGGAAGGAUGCACAGGCGUCGAGAACAGUCUAUGCAGUCUAUGAGUGCGGUCGUACUCAAUGCGAUUCGAUGACUCGUGCUGCUCCAUUCGCCGGUUUCGCGAAUGAGGUCACCUGAGCACUAUCCACCAAAGGAGCAGCCACAACCGCGGCAUCAGAAGCCGUCAUGAGCCCGCCCUGGCUGCCCCGUUUCCGGCCGCUGUUCCUGCUGGUGACGGCGCUCAACGUGCUGCUCCUGUACAGCGUGGGCCACUACCUGUGGGCGCCACGGUCCGCUGCCCUGUGGUCUUCGUCCGCGGAAGGCUCGGGCUCCGCUGGCGGCGCCUGGGAACGGGCCACCCCCGUGGGCCACCGCAUUCGAACCGCGGGCUGCACGCUGCCCCAAUUUGACCCGUUCGACCCUUCCGUGAGGCCGUACUUCCGGCGUCGCUCGGAGACGCGCCGCUGCGGCGGAAGACCAAACUUCAUUACAAUCAGGGAUGGAUAUCCGACAGUGAUUGCCCAGAAUCUCAAAGAACAUGGUGUGCUUCCGGAGGACCUCGUGUGCUUCUACAAAGAAAUCUACCGAAACGAGUCUUUGAAGAAACCCGACGAGAAGUACCUUUACGGGAACAGAGAACGGCUUCUGUUUGACGAACCGCUUCAGAAGGAGUUCCUCUUCGUGGAAUGCGCCACGAGACAGUCUCCGGACCGACCAUUUCAUGACCAGUUCCUCCUCAAUGCGGUGAUCAAAGAUAGUGUCGAGGAACGCUGUCGCACGGCGUCUGCUGGAACGCCCCACAACCUGAGCGUUCUGGUCCUCGGUCUCGACUCGGUCUCUUACUUAAAUUUAGACAGGCACCUGCCGGAGACUGCAAAGUUUGUCCGCGAGAACCUCGGCGCUUUCGAACUGUACGGAUACAAUAAACUUGGGGACAACUCGUACCCGAACCAGGUUCCCCUGAUCCUGGGCCUCAAGGACUACGAAGCUACCAAAGCUGCUCCAGAUGGAUUCUAUGACGACCUGAGUAGCCGGUUCAUUUGGCAGCUGUACGGAGAACGGGGUUACCGGACUAUGUUUCUCGAGGAGUCGCCGUUCUACGGCCUCUUCAAUUACUUCAGCCAGGGCUUCCGGCGAGCUCCGGCUGACUAUUACCUGCGACAUGUCAUAAUGGCCAUGGACGACUCGCCAAAGAAAAUUCAAGACUGGCAACGCGUCCGCUGUUUGGGACCCACGAUGCCGUUCGAGGAACUGCUGGACUACCUCGCCCGCUUCACGGACUUGAUUGCAGAGAGACCGUUCUUCUCCUACACCUGGAUCAGCGAGAUCACGCACGAUUCAUUGAACAGCGCUGGCUACGCGGACGAGCCCUUCCGACGACAUCUGGAACAUUUGCACGCUUCCGGCACGCUUAACCACACCGUUCUCGUCUUCCUCAGCGACCACGGCUUGCGGUUCGGCGACGUUCGGGCAACCUACAUCGGCAAGUUCGAGGACCGCCAGCCGUUCGCCUUCGUCGUCUUCCCGCCGUGGUUCCUCGAGCAGAACCCAGAAGCGGCGCGCACUCUCCGCGCCAAUCAGCACCGCCUGACGACUCACUUCGACGUGCACGCCAUGCUCGUCGAGCUGCUCGACUACCCCAACGCCGAACGACCCAACUCCACGUACGGGCUCAGCCUGCUACACGACAUACCCGACACAAGGACGUGUGCUGACGCGUCCAUUUCCCACCAUUGGUGCGUGUGCGAUGCCCGCGCCGACGCCAUCGUUACAGGUGAGGUGGCCUCGAUGCUAGCAAACCAGUUCAUGGCCACGAUUAACGGAUGGGUAGCCCAGGCAGUGCGGUUGUGCGAAGAGUACCGGCUGCUCGAAAUCAUGGACGUGACGGCGCUUCGGGCGACCCCUGCUGAGCGUGCGGCGAACACGAGCCACUACUGGGUAACCAUCAAGCUUUCGCCGGGCGCGGCAGUGUUUGAGGGCACGGUGCGUGUACAAGGAGACAAUGUGACGGUGCUGAAGGAGAUCAGCCGCUGCAACUGGUUCUCGGGCCAGUCAUACUGCGUCAGCAACUGGCUACAGAAGUUUUGCUAUUGCCGCCGGACAGUUGGAGAGCUGAUUUGAUGUUGGCGGUCCUUGUGUAGCCCAUUUGCUUAUUGACGGGAGUGAUCACUGAGCCGCGGAGUCAAUUCGCAUAAGCAGCAGCACUGCCGGAUUGGAGGGUAUAUGGCACCUACGGCGCUGUUUACCUUUGUCUUUGUGAACUUCCCUUGCACUUCGGCAGUGCUGUUGGUUUUGCAUGACCGGGUUUACUAGUGCUACAGCUUCCGUUGUAAAUAGGCGGGACGUUCUUCAAAUGUGAUAUACUUGGCGACGACAGACAUCGGGGAGCUCUCUUGUUCGCCUUCGCCAUGGAACUCUCAUUGACGGUUGUGCCGUGCCGGAGCUGGUUUUGCGGGAGCUCAUACCGCCUGAUAUACUGCCCGCUCUGGCUUCGAGAUAUGCAAGGUUGCCCCUCUUUUGGAGUAGGAAUCGCUUCAGUGUUCGGUACCUUAGCGCAGGAAAGAGAAUCCAGCCUUACCAAUCUAUAUGGCCACAAUACUGAAGCCUGACUUGAUCAAAUCAUCAUUUUGUGAAUGUAUGGCGCGAAGUUCCUUUUAUCGGUAUACCAAGCGUGUGCGAUCUAGUCGUUUCUGUCGUUGUUGGCCGUCUCGCGACGGGGUAAUGUAGGAACAGGGGCCUUUAGCAUGUCCACGUACUCAUUAGCACUUACGCAAUACGAGAAUGCCUAAGACGCAAACGUGAGCACAGCGCUGGUGGCGUUAUCUUGUGACGCUGAGUAGAAUAUACGUACUAUAUGGGCUUAAGCUUCAGUGAGGCGCGUUGUUUUAAACGGAAUGUGUCGCCCUAUCCUAAGUUAUGUGUAUACGAUUCCAAGUGCGACGGCCUGCGUAUGAUUUAAGGACAUUGGCGUAAACGAUCUGUGACGUGGCCAAUAACUUUCUCCCUCGGUUGGUGCGCAUGUCUUGGCCGGCAAAUGCGACUGAAUGAGCCAGUGUUGCCGAUCAUUGGUUUAUGCUCGGUUAUAGUACGGUAGGUAGAAAUUGCUGAUGGUGCUUGGUGUUCCAGGCUCCGGCUACGCGGUUACCAACAGCCACUACGUGUCUUCGGUCCGGAGACGACACUCAUUCAACAUAAAAGCGUUUCUAACGCGCUGUGGUUGAACGCAAUGUCACAGGCUCUCGCUGCUAGAGCUUCUGCCGUCAUCCACGUAACUUAUGAAUUGCAUGAACAAUACGGGCAGAUUACGCCUCCGUUCCCGGUGGACCACAGGAGGUUGUCCCGGUACUUUCGCUCAUUGGGGCUUUCCUAGGCACGCGCUGAAAACAUCCGCAAUCGCUCAUUCGAAGUGGAGCCCAUUUAACCCUUUGGGUUGCGAAACCAUGAUUCAUUAUUGUUGCGCCAUAUUUGUUAUUAUAUGCAGCUUGCAACGUAAGUGGCGCCGAAUCAUUUCAUUUGUUUGUUGAUACGUUUGUCGGUUUACUUUGGCCCCAAGUGUGGGAAUCGAAUACCGUGUAGUCCAAAGAUACCGCGUGACUUGUUUUCCCGCGUCCUCGCCAAAGACGGCGUACUAAAGUGCCAAAGUAGACGUAGGUGUCAUCGGUGCAUUUUAUGCAAGCUCUCAAACCGUUCCUCUCGUUGUGCACUACGUCUUAAGAAUACCUGUUUUAUGUCGCGGCCGAAAAUACGGUGACCUUUCGUUGUGAGUACAGCGCACAAACAUCUGCAGAAUCACUGUGCAGGGUCGUCCACUCUUAAAGUAAACACGGCGCAACGUUACUCCGCUCCGCGGAGCGCCAGUGCAUCCGGCGCGGCCGUGCACCGAACCGAAGCGGCGCAGGCGCACAGGGACGCGCAGCUCUUGCUGUACUUCUCCGCAAUGGAUAAGUUUCACGCUCCAGCGCUGUAGCUGACGACAUGGAGCGCCUCGCAUGGAUCCCUGUGCGCCUGCGCCGCUUCGCUUCGAUGCCCGGCCGCGCCGGGUGCACUGGCGCAGCGCGGGUACGCUGAGCAGUGUUCACUCUAAGAGUGGACGCCACUGUACAUGCGUACCUUCCGACCAGAGCUAUACCUAAGGCUAUAUCCAUCAGCAUCGUAGGCACGGUUGUAAUGAAGACUUCCAUUUAAUGACUAGCACGUGAAGUAGUUAAUCUGUCUUUCUAAAGCAUGGAUUGGCAUAACGAACGCAAAAUUACGAAGUUAGCGAACGAAGAAAAAAUAACAUCGAGGCCACAAGAACAGGUUACACCGCUCACUUAUCUUCGUCUUCCUGCUGUGGUCUCGAAAGAGUCUUCCAAAGCAUGCGACACUACGUGACGCACGUUCUCUACAGAAAAUUAUGGUCAGUGUACGAUUAGCUGCUGCUUUGUUUCUUCAGUGACCUUGGAAGUUUCAUCGAUGCCCACGACGCUGAUCAAGCGUGGUCAGAGUGAAAUGGAGAAUUAUAGGGUUUGUCACUAUGACGUUAGCUGUUUUCCCACAGGAGUGCCAUCCUCUUUCAACAACGCUCACUUUUAAUGUAGCCAUAUCUACCAUUCGUAGUUUUUCAACCAUUCCUUCACUGCUUGACGAGUUCGAUUCAGCCAUUAAAGAACAAAACAGAAAAAUAA